AUGUUGAUAUCAGUCUUGAGGAAGGACGCUCCCGAGAACCACAAACCAGAUAUGUUCGAUUUCAUCCAGUGCGUUUCCGUGAAUUUGGGAGGCAUCCAUCCUUCACCUAUAACAACGGCUUGCAAACUGGCUACCCACGAAGCCACUCUCUCAUGGGUCCCGGUCGACGCGAACUGGACUGUUCCACCGAACGCAAUCGAAGCCAAUCCGGGAUUGUAUAUAAUACGCGCGAGACAAGGAUUAGAUACUGUCCCGGGCAAAUGGUCUGGUAACACGCCGUACGCGUCCAUCCCCUAUGGUAACAAAGAAGUCAAGAAGGCCUCGAAGGCCAAAAAACCGAAGUUUGACACGAAGAAUAAGCGCAAGAAGAAGGAGAGCUACGCCAUCUACAAAGUGCUGCGUCAGGUUCAUCACGACCCCGGUAUCAUUUUGAAAGCCAUGCCCAUCAUGAACUCGUUCGUCAAUGACAUCUUUGAGCGUAUUGUCUCAGAGUCAAGCCGUCUUGCUCACUACAACAAGCGCUCGACCAUCACGAGCAGAGAGAUCCAAGCUGCAGUUUGUCUUCUGUUGCCUGGUGAGUUGGUCAAGCAUGCCGUAUCCGAGGGUACCAAGGCGGUGACCAAGUACACAAGCACGAAAAAGAUACGAUAUGGACAUUCGGAUCUUGGUUCGUCCCAGUCAUUGGACCACGAAUGGGUACCACACAUCAGCGGUGACGUUCCUCCUCUGGCCAUAUGCGCUGGAAGGCUUCGUAAACGGGUUCCACUUUACAUCGCCCGAAGAGUAAUGCAAAAUGAAUGGUGUAUUGGAAAGAUUGUUCCUCCUUCUGGAGUUUGUCUUUUCCCACUCAAUGGUAUGGAGAUUGGUACGACUCAUUGCGAAGUGCUGUGCUAUCGCCGCUGA